CCUUCCCACCCACAGAAUACGCUUUGGUCUGCUCUCUCGCUAGAUUCGCAAACAGGUUUUGUGUUCUUUUGCAACUGCUACAGAAGAAGCUGAAACGACAUUAAGACAAUAAUCCUCUUUCCUAUUCACUAAUCAAGUGGGAGAGGUUGCAGGUUUUAAAUGGGAAAGAAGAAGGAAAUGUUGUUAGCAACAAGAAUAUUAGUUUUUGCUGUUCUUGAGUUCUUCAUCUAUACUGCUGACUGCAAACGCUCAGUCUCUACAAAAAAGGGUUUAAGGAGCAAUUCAGAAGGUUCGGUAUUAUAUCCUCCGGUGCAAUUGCAUAUCAACGAUGAUCAAGUGGUAGUUGACAAUGGCAUUUUUAGCAUCAGCAUUUUGAGUCCUGAAGGCACAGUCACCAGUAUAAACUAUAAUGGAAUUGACAAUAUCUUAAAUGAUCACAAUGGAAUCAAUGAUCGAGGAUAUUGGGAUGUGAAUUGGAGUGAUCCAUUUGAUUCGAAGGAUAAUUUGGACAAACUUGCAGGCGAUGAGUUAGAUGUUGUAGUGAACAACGAGAAUCAAGUGGAACUAUCAUUCAAACGACAUUGGAUGUUUUCUCGGAAAAACAGCCAUGUUUCCUUGAAUAUUGACAAAAGGUUUAUUAUCCUACGAGGAACAAGCGGCUUCUACUCUUAUGGGAUUUUCGAUCGUCCAAAAGGAUGGCCCGAUGUCGAUGUCUACCAAGGUCGGAUCGUGUUCAAGCUUCAAGAAAGAUUGUUUCGAUAUAUGGCUGUUUCGGAUGAAAGGCAAAGGGUUAUGCCUACUUCUGAAGAUCGAAAGAGGGGUGAACCUCUAGACUACCCUGAAGCUGUACUUUUGACCCAUCCUUCCAAUUCUCUUCUCAAGGGAGAGGUGGACGACAAAUACCAAUACUCAACUGAAAAUAAAGACAACCGGGUUCACGGUUGGAUGUGUUCCGACCCGCCUGUUGGGUUUUGGAUGAUCACUCCAAGUAAUGAGUUCCGUACAGCUGGCCCGGUCAAGCAAGAUCUCACAUCUCAUGCGGGGCCCGUUACUCUAUCGAUGUUUUUUAGCACACAUUAUGCCGGGAUUGAUUUAGGAAUGAAAUUUCGAGAGGGUGAGCCAUGGAAAAAGGUUUUUGGACCCGUGUUUAUAUAUCUCAACUCGGUAACAACGGAAGAUAACCCUCUUUCGCUUUGGUCUGAUGCUAAAGAAGAGAUGCUCAUACAAACCGAGAGUUGGCCAUAUGAAUUCCCAAACUCUUUGGACUUUCUUCGUGCCCAGCAACGUGGUCUAGUAACUGGAAGACUAUUCGUCCGUGAUGUAGAGUUGGCUCGUGCUAGCUUUGCCUACAUUGGCUUGGCUCCACCUGGUACUCUAGGAUCAUGGCAACAAGAAAACAAGGGUUAUCAGUUUUGGACUCAAACUGACAGUGAAGGUUACUUCGAAAUCAAAAAUGUCCGCCCUGGUUCCUAUAACUUGUAUGCUUGGGUUCCUGGGUAUAUCGGGGAUUACAUGUACAACUCAGUCGUCAAUGUCUUGGAAGGAAGUAGAAUCAGAAUGGGUAUCCUUGUAUACGAACCACCAAGAAAUGGUCCUACAAUCUGGGAAAUCGGUGUCCCAGAUCGAACAGCAGCUGAGUUCUACGUGCCUGAACCAAACCCAACCCUUAUGAACAACUUAUAUGCGAACCAAAGAACAGAAUCGUUUAGGCAAUAUGGCUUAUGGGAACGUUACACGGAGCUCUACCCUUAUCGGGAUUUGGUCUACAGGGUUGGUGUUAACGAAUAUCAAACAGAUUGGUUUUUUGCUCAUGUAACUAGAAACGUGGGAAAUAAGACAUACCUUCCGACUACUUGGACCAUUUUCUUUGAUCUUGAAGAUGUUGGAUCUACUGGGAACUAUACAAUUCAACUAGCAUUAGCAUCAGCUACAGUUUCAGAAUUGCAAGUUCGGAUCAAUGACCCAAGAGGGGUCUUGCCUUUCUUUACAACAGGGCUUAUUGGGAAGGAUAAUGCGAUUGCACGACAUGGGAUUCAUGGGCUAUAUUGGCUGUAUAGUAUCAAUGUUUUGUCUUCUCAACUUCGAGUAGGCAGGAACGCAUUGUAUUUAACACAAGCAAGAGGCUUGGGUCCUUUUAGAGGAGUCAUGUAUGAUUAUAUUCGUCUAGAAGGGCCCCCUCAGUCAUACAACUGAAAUUAUAUUUAGUUAUUUAUAUAUAGUUGGAGUAUAUAUAUUGCAUAGUUGCUCAUGUUGAUCUCAUUGGGAUGGAAAUGCAAGGUUGAGUUCGUUUA